UCAGUCGCUCGCUCACUCCCCCGCCCCCACUCCCAUCGCCGGUCGAGUCGCUAGCCCCCUCCUACUCCGCUUGCAGCUUAGAAAGCCGAGAACCUGAGUCUAGCACGCACACCGAGUCAGCGAGGCCAACGCCAUGGACGCCGUGUCCUGCGUGAGCGUGCCGCCGCCGACCGGGCUCCUCUCCCGCUCCUUCACCGACGCGGCCAUCGCCCGCGCCCUCCACUUUUCCCUCUCCGACGCCCCCGAGCCGUCCGUGCCCGCCACCGACCUCGGCGCCCGCGCCGCGGCCACGGCCACGACGAAUGCAUCUCCCGAGGCGGUGCCGAUGCACGGCGCCGGGGCCGGGGGUCACCCGCCGAUGGGCGCGGCGCCGUCGCCGCCGUCCGCCCGGUGCCUUCGGCUGGGGCCAGCGGGCGGGCACGCGGGUAAGCGGCGGCGACCGCGGCCGUCGAAGCGCGUGCCCACCACGUACAUCAGCACCGACGCCGCCACCUUCCGCAUCAUGGUGCAGCGCGUCACUGGCAUCGGCGAGGCCGAGCCGCAGCAGGACGCCGCGGGCCUUGGCCUCUUCCUGCCACACUUCGGCCUCGAGGCUGUCGAACAGUUUCUUCCGGCGGACUCUGCGGCCACCGCGGCCCACGUCGCUGCAGCGUAUACGCUCGCACCCACCGCCGCGGCAACCGUAGCGGAGCAGCAGCCGCUCUUCCCGACGCUGGACUCGUGGGACGUCAUGUACGGGAAGAACGAGGUGGUCUGAACUCUGAACUUUGAUGAUCCACUGAUAACGUCGUGUUCGUUUGUCCGGCCGUUCGAGGCCAUCGAAUGUGUUCAUGUGCAGCAGCAUGGAUGAUCAGUUGAUCAUCCCUUACCUUGGCUUCUUCUCCCUGGUCGCGGAGAAGCUGUACAUCACAUAUUUACAGUUUGGGGUGACCAUGAGUGGUGUAGGGAACCAGGGAUGUAGCCUAGUGGUGCUACUCAGAAAAUCAGGCGCUCACGCUUCUCUCUCGCGAUGUCAGUAGUUGCACUUGCACUUGCAUAAGCCUCCAGUCAAUGUGAGCUCCCUGCUACUUGUGUAAAAA